UCCAUCUCAUGUUCUUUUAUCAACACAUCCAUCCAUCCCCACCUCAAGCAAAACCCUAGUAAAGAAAAGGCAAAACCCUCAUCUCCACUGCAACCCACCAUGUCUACGCUUGCUGUACCAGACACUAAUGGGUCGGAUCAUAUGGUCGAAGAACCCGAAAAUCUUGGUGACCCACCAGCACAAAAUGUGGAUACAGAUACGGAACAAUCAUUAGCUACAGCACAAGAACUUAUAGCUAAAUGCAUAGCUCCUGUAAAGAAACAAUAUUUAUGUCCUUUGCCUGUUAAAUCUUCGAUUAAAGAAGCCAGUAACGACGCCGUUUUGGAUGCCAAGCCUUCAUCAAAUUCUUCACUUGUCACAGAGAAAAAAUCUAAACGCCAGGCCAAAAGGGAACGCAAACAGGAGCAGAAGUCCGUCCUUCAUUUAUGUCCAGUGGUUGCAAAAUCUGGAAGUGUUAGUUCGUGUCAAUAUGCUGACAAGUGUCGUUUUAGCCAUGACAUAGAAGGCUUUAAGUCAGAGAAACCAGUGGAUUUGGAAGGGAAGUGUCCUUUUUUAGAAGAGGAAGGUCCAUGCCCUUACGGGAUGGCUUGUAGAUUUUCUGGUACUCAUAAAGCUGAGGCCAAUGCUGAAACAAUCAGUACUCGAAGGAGGGAAUCUGAGACUAACGGAUUGAGAAAAGAUGUCCAGAAGCUGUUGUGGAAAAACAAAAUGAAAUUUCCCAUGGCUGAUGCCCAACUGAAACUACUCGGCCUUCUGCAAAAACAGCUUAAUUCAAAGAAGAAAGAUUUGGCAGAUGACGAAGAAGAGGAUCUUAUAGUUUCAGAUUCUUCACAUGUUACUGACGGAAAUGGUUGUGCUGAAGUCGACAUGACUAUUAGAUCUGGAAGUUGUUCUGAAGUGGUCGAAAAAACUGUCAACAUAGAUGACACUUCUAUACCUGAUGAGCUCAGACCUUUAAAGAAAGCCAGGGCAUCAAUCAAUGAGAGUCAGUUGUCUGAAGCAAAUAAUGGUUCAAGUGUCCAGGAUAAGGAUCCAGAGGAAGAUGGGAAGCCUGCAAGUACAGACAGUUAUAUUUCUGCAGAGACAGAUAAAAGCCUAAAAACACACGUUAGAGAAAAGAAGCUUAUUGAUUUCAGUGACAAGCUCUAUCUUGCACCUCUUACAACCGUUGGUAAUCUUCCUUUUCGAAGGGUUUGUAAGGUGUUAGGUGCUGAUGUAACAUGCGGUGAGAUGGCAAUGUGCACCAACCUCUUGCAGGGCCAAGCAUCUGAAUGGGCUCUGCUUAGAAGGCAUUCGUCAGAGAACUUUUUUGGUGUUCAAAUUUGUGGCGCAUAUCCAGAUACAGUUUCACGAGCUGUCGAACUUAUAAAUCAGGAGUGCAGUGUGGACUUCAUUGAUAUUAAUAUGGGGUGCCCGAUCGACCUUGUAGUUAAUAAGGGUGCUGGGUCAGCUCUUCUUACAAAACCAGUGAGAAUAAAGAAUGUCAUACAGGUAGCUUCAUGCACUGUGGACAAGCCAAUUACUGUCAAGGUACGAACAGGGUACUUUGAGGGGAGAAACCGCAUAGAGGGUUUGAUAAAUGAUAUUAGCAACUGGGGAGCUAGUGCUGUAACUAUACAUGGCCGUUCACGUCAGCAACGUUACAGCAAGCUACCCGAUUGGGAGUACGUAUAUGGGUGUGCUAGAAAAGCUCCGGAUGCAUUACAAGUCAUAGGAAAUGGAGAUGUUUAUUCUUAUGUGGAUUGGAACAAGCACAAGACUGAAUGCCCCAAGCUUAACACUCUCAUGAUUGCUCGAGGUGCACUGGUUAAGCCCUGGAUUUUUACUGAAAUCAAGGAACAAAGGCAUUGGGAUAUUACAUCUGCAGAGCGACUUAACAUAUUAAAAGAUUAUGUGCAUUUUGGUCUUGAGCAUUGGGGUUCUGAUACAAAAGGUGUAGAGGCAACCAGACACUUCUUGUUGGAAUGGCUUAGUUACACAUAUAGAUAUAUUCCAGUUGGUCUACUAGAUGUUGUCCCUGCUCAACUGAAUUGGAGGUCACCUUCAUACUUCGGUCGUGAUGAACUUGAGUCCUUGAUGGCCUCAGAUUCUGCUGCAGACUGGAUUAGGAUAUCUGAAAUGUUGCUGGGCAAGGUUCCAGCUGGAUUUACGUUUUCACCAAAACACAAAUCAAAUUCUCAUGACCGUGCAGAAAAUGGCUAAUUUUGAGUACAUGAUGAUGCAACAUUCGUACCUCUUGACAUAUCAAGGAUUUUUACCAUCAACUUGCGACAUUGCAGUUGGGUUUAAUACUUUAAUGAUUCAUUUUAGUCGGUGCCAACUGAUAGCCCAAAAAUAUGAAGACCAUUUUCGGUCAAAUACAAGGCGAUUGGCUUAUAUAGUUGAGUAAUUUGUCUUAAACAUGUACUGUAUCAAAUAAUGAUGAUUUCAUAUUAUAGAAUUCAUUAAAACUC